AAAAAGGUUAAAUUGAUUAUGAAGAAGAUUUUGGAAAAACCUGAGAGUCGAAAGAUUUAUUUCUUUUUAUGUUUGAAUCUUGGAUUUAUGUUGAUUCAGAUGUUGUAUGGGGUAUGGACUAACAGUUUAGGAUUGAUUAGUGAUUCUAUUCAUAUGUUUUUCGAUUGUAUGGCUAUUGGUAUGGGUCUUUUCGCAUCUGUCAUGUCAACUUGGCCAGCAGAUGAACAAUUUCCAUACGGAUACGGAAGGGUCGAAACUUUAUCAGGAUUCGCAAACGCAGUGUUUUUGAUCUUGAUCUCAUUGUUUAUCAUCUUUGAAGCCAUUCAACGGUUAUUACAUCCACCAGAGAUGAACACUAAUCAAUUAUUGGUGGUUAGCACACUUGGAUUCUUGGUUAACCUUGUGGGGAUGUUUGCUACGGGUCAUCAUCAUCAUCAUCAUGGUGGUGGUGGUGGUUGUCAUAGUCAUUCUCACGCUCCCACGCAUGACCAUGCUCACAAACACGAUCACAUUCACGAUCAUAAACACGAUCAUAAACACGAUCAUAAACAUGACCACGAUCACGAUCAUAAACAUGACCACGAUCACAAACACGACCAUGAUCACAAACACGAUCAUGAUCAUGCUCACGAUCAUGGUCAUGGUCAUACUCACGAUUGUUCGAGUCACUCUCAUAAUAUGAAAGGAGUUUUUUUACAUGUGAUGGCCGAUACAUUAGGAUCAUUAGGAGUGAUCAUUUCGACCUUAUUGAUUGAAAGAUAUGGAUGGACUGGAUUCGAUCCAUUAGCUUCGAUCUUCAUUGCAGUUUUAAUCUUUGGAUCGGUGAUUCCAUUAGUAGAAGAAUGUGGAAAAGUAUUAGUACUUCAAUUAUCGAAAGAAAAAGAAAUGGAAGUGAGAAGAGCGUUAACGAAGUUGAGAACUAUUGAAGGGUUAAGUUCAUAUGCUGCACCAAGGUUUUGGCCAUUAGAUUCAUCUGAAACGAUUAUUGGAUCGAUCCAUUUACAAUUAUUACCGAUCCCAUCUACGAUUGAUGGGAAUGAAAGAAUAAGAUAUGAAGGAUUUGAGUUGAUGAAGGAAAGAGUUAGGAAAGUGAUGUUUAAGGAGAUUAAUGGAUUGAAGGAAUUGAUGAUUCAGGUUGAAGGAGUUGAUGGGAUUAGAGGUUGUUUUUGUUUGGUUGUAACGGAUUCGGGUGGGAGGUUUGAUGGGGUUGGUAAUUUGAAUGGGAAUGAGAAAUGAAAAUAUUUGGAGUUUUGGGUAUUAAUCAAUCAAUCAAUCAAUCAAUACUUUAAAUAGAUAUACAUAUAGGUUUCUUUUUUCUUAUCUUUUCUUUCUUUAUGUUUUUUGGUUUGGUUUGGUCUUUCUUUCUUUGGAUUUUUUUUUGGAUUUCUAGAAUUUUGAAUUUGAAUUUGAAUUUGAAUUUCAAAGUUUUGAUUCAGUGUGUUUCUUUUUGCUUUACUCGUUCUUUUGUUCAACUCAACUUUAGUUUUCAAAUCAAUUUUUUUUCUUAUUUUUUUUUGUUGUUGAACUUCAAUUGAAAUCAAAAAAUUCUUAUUCUUUCUC